ACUGUUCUAAACUAACUUACACCUCAUUAAUUCCUUUUAUUCUCUUCCACCUGUUUUUCAAAGUGCAAUAUCCAUGCAACUUAUUAGCCAACUUCCUAGUAGUAGUAGUAAUACUUGUACUACUACUACAACACAAAACCUCAUUACUAAAAUUCACAUACCAUCUAAAGUAAGUGUACCCUUUGAUAAUUAUUGUAAGAAUCAAUAUCAUGGUCUUCAAUAUUCACCUACAAAAAUCACCUGUAAAAUUCUAAUAAAUCCAUCAAAAAACAAAACAAGUAUACUUUCACCAUCCCUUCCAAAGCUCCAGCCACUCCAUACACCUCAAACCGAACCGCAACCACCAUUGCGACCGCCUUUUUCGAUGUCGCCGCCUCCAAAUUACCAAACUACCCUUAAUCCACUUCAGAGACUAGUAGCAUCAGCCUUGGAUAGUAUAGAGAGAUCACUUAUCCUAGACCAAGAAAAAAAAAACCCUCUACCUAAAACAGUUGACCCGGAUAUUCAAUUAUCAGGAAAUUACGCUCCGGUUCAAGAGUCCACGGUUCAGACCGGUUUACAAGUCAUUGGCGAAAUUCCACCCGGUUUACACGGUGUUUAUGUAAGAAAUGGAGCCAAUCCAAUGCUACAACCUUCUGGGGCCCACCACUUGUUCGACGGCGAUGGGAUGAUCCACGCCGUCCAUCUUGCACCAGGAAACCGGGCGACAUACUGCUGCCGGUUCACUCGAACCAACCGGUUGGUUCAUGAACAAAAAGCCGGGAGAAAUUUAUUUCCUAAACCGGUUGGUGAGUUUCACGGUCGGACCGGGUUAAUUCGGCUUGGUUUAUUUUACGCACGUGCAGCUAUAGGUUUAGUUGAUCCAUCACGUGGCAUAGGGGUUGCUAAUGCUGGAAUUGUUUAUUUUAAUGGAAGAUUACUUGCUAUGUCUGAGGAUGAUUUGCCAUACCACGUUAAAAUCAACGGUGGUGAUUAUAAUGAUGGUGUUGAUUUGGAGACAAUUGGACGGUUUGAUUUCGACGGGCAAGUAAACUGCCCGUUGAUUGCCCACCCUAAGGUGGACCCUAACACAGGGGAUCUUCACACAUUGAGCUACGAUGUACUACGUAAACCGUAUCUAAAGUACUUUAGAUUUGAUAAGUGGGGUCGGAAGUCACGUGAGAUACCAGUGUCACUUCCUCAGCCUACUAUGAUUCAUGACUUUGCUAUGACUGAAAAUUUUGUAGUUAUCCCUGAUAAUCAAGUAGUUUUCAAACUAUCCGAGAUGGUUUUGGGUGGGUCACCUCUUAAAUUCGAUUCGAAUAAGAUGGCCCGGUUUGGGGUCCUUCCGAAGGAUGAUUCCACCGGGUUGAGAAUCCAGUGGAUUGAGGUGUCAGAUAGUUUUUGUUUUCAUUUUAUGAAUGCAUGGGAGGAGGAUGAGGGGAAAACUGUAGUCAUAAUUGGGUCGUGCAUGAGUCCAGCUGACUCUAUUUUUAACGAAAAUGAUGAUCCAACCCAGAUCGAACUUUGCGAGAUCCGAUUGGACUUGGAGACGGGUAAAUCGACCCGACGGGUCAUAGUUUCGGGUAUAAAUCUAGAAGUAGGGCAAGUAAAUAAACAAAUGUCAGGACAAAAAACAAGGUACGUGUACAUGGCUAUAGCGGAGCCGUGGCCUAAAUGUAGUGGUAUUGCUAAGGUUGACAUAGUGACCGGAAAAAUUACUAAGUUCAUGUAUGAGCAUGAGAGAUAUGGUGGGGAACCAUGCUUUGUGCCAGCUACAAAAUUAAGUACUUGUACUAAUAAUGAUGAUAAUUGUGAUUUAGGACAUAAUGGUGAUAAAGAUUGGGAAGAUGAAGGGUGGAUAAUGAGCUUUGUAAGGGAUGAAAAUGUGGAGAGGUCAGAGUUGGUGCUUUUGAGGGCAAAGGACAUGAAGCAAAUUGCAUGUAUAUGCAUGCCAUCUAGGGUGCCUUAUGGCUUUCAUGGCACCUUUGUUCACCAACAUGAAUUAAGUGUACAAAGAAAUCACUAAUCGUGUGUUUUUUCUAUCUUUAAACUCUAGUCUUUUCACCCGGCUCAUUAAAUUCACGGCGUUUAGUAUCAUUUUGUACGUAGCUUUUGUAGUUUUGUACCUAUAAGUAAAUUGUGUAGAUAUAUAUGUAAGGCAUGCCAAAUUAGAGUGUUAAAUUAAAGAUGAUGAAAGAUUAGAUGCAGUUGGUAUCUUUUGAGUGA